AUGAGUUACAAGACGAACUAUGAGCUCUACUCUCGAGGGAGCAUUGACAGCAGACAGUCACCUCCACCAGAUGAGCUUCUCUCGCCGUUGGCAACACUCUACCCACAUGUCGCGGCCCUGCAGCCACAGUACAACCCGAGCAACUGCACCUUCACCGGUUACCGUGACACGGGGUAUUGGGCUGCGGCCUAUACAACACAACCUAUCGAUGAUCCCUUUGUGUCCAUGCGUCGCAUCAGUGACUACGCCGGCUCAUCAGCCGAGAUGAUCUAA